AUGACACCUUUUUCACGAUCGCAGAGCGCUCUUGAGCUGGUUCAAAAGUCCGUCCUACCGACUUUGGUAGCGGAGCCCCGGCCGUCCGGGGCUCCUGCUUUCGCCAUUGGCCGCCUGGCGCCUUCGGCGCCGCCCGGCGCGAUCCCGGGCCCGCUGCGCUGCCCGCGCUGCUUCGCUCUCGUCGCCGCCACGACGACGAUCCUUUUUUGCUGUCUCACAAAUUUGGCCAUUUUGGUCCUGUGCAUUUGUUCUUCGGCUCCGAGGGCACCUGUGAAAGCAGCCAAUUUUGCGCCCGUGAAAGCCCCCGAGUACACGACCCUGGAGGUGAUUGACCUGCACUUCAUCUUCCUGAAUCAGACGCUGACCAUUGACAUCUCCCUGAAUCUGCAGGACCACCCGAUUCAGGACACCUUCACGUACCGGGACUUUGCCCGUGAUCUGUUCACGAUGGCCCA